AGAAUUUCUCUCUGAGGAACACAACAUGGAAUUAGUACUGAUUAAAGCUUUUCUAGAAAUAGACAAAGCGUACAUGAGACAUGCCCACUUGUCCGCAGAUGCUACCUUGCUGAAUACCGGGAGCACAGCCACCGUGGCUCUGCUGCGAGAUGGCAUCGAGCUGGUGGUAGCCAGCGUGGGCGAUAGCCGUGCACUUUUAUGCCGCAAAGGAAAAGCUGAGAAGCUGACCAUUGAUCAUACUCCAGAACGGAAGGAUGAGAAAGAAAGAAUCAAGAAAUGUGGUGGUUUUAUCGCCUGGAACAGCUUGGGGCAGCCCCACGUGAAUGGCAGACUUGCAAUGAGCCGUAGCAUUGGAGAUUUGGAUCUUAAGAAAUGUGGUGUGAUUGCAGAACCUGAAACCAAACGGGUGCAGUUGCACCAUGCAAGUGACAGCUUCUUGGUCCUGACCACAGACGGCAUCAACUUCAUGGUAAACAGCCAAGAAAUCUGUGAUUUUGUUAACCAGUGCCAUGAUCCGACUGAAGCCGCUCACAUCAUUACUGAGCAGGCUGUGCAAUAUGGGACAGAAGAUAACAGCACUGCCGUUGUAGUGCCAUUUGGAGCGUGGGGCAAAUACAAAAACUCUGAGAUCAACUUUUCCUUCAGCCGGAGCUUUGGCUCAAGCGGGAGGUGGGCAUGAGCAUCUUCUGCAAUGAGCCGCUGAACAUUCAAGAUGUAGAAGGCAGAAAGGUGGUAUGUAGGUAGAAAACCUCCAUCUCUUCUAGCAACAAGCCCUUUCUGCCUGGGUAGCAAACUGUUGUUAACUUGAUGUCACCUCUUAACACAUGUCUUUGUUACUGCUUGUCUCAAACUGAGCAUUCUCACACCUUCAGUCCUCACUCGUGGAUUUCUGCAGGAGCAAGAUGCUGAUUCUUUACUGCUGGCUGUCACUGUGGUAUCUAUCACUUGUUUCUCCUGAUGUUCUUGAGGUAUUUUAGAGGGUGAGAGAAUGUGGCAACUGCAAGCAGACUCUGUUUGCACAGCAUUGCAGUUGGGGAAGCAAAGGACAGGGACAAGAAAAAAUGAAGGAAAUCCAAAGACUACUAGAAGGUUGGAGGGUGAGAGGUGGAUUUAAUUGUCAGUUCACCACCACUGUCAGGUUGGGGUUAGAGUAGUUCAACUCUGAGAAGAAGUAUUUUGGUCUCAGGGCUGAUACACCUCAGGAUUGUUGGAGGUCCAGUGGCUGAGACAGUCAGCUGUGUAUUUCCUGUAUUGAUGUCCCUUUUUUGAAAAGCAGAGUUGUACACUUGGUUAAAUAUCUGCAUCUUUGUCUAGUGUAUGGCUCAAGAGAGACACUACAGCCCUUAAAACACAGUACUAUCAAGGAUAUACCAUGUUAGUAUGCUUUCCAAAAGAUACUAAAUGAAUUCUCUGUGUUUUUCUUUAAAGGGGCCAAUGUUAAAAAGCCCCUUUUUUAAAAAAAAUUGCUCCACAUUGGCUACUGUUAAACCGAUGUUUUGGCAGUUCCUUUUCUACAUAUUAAUGCACAGCAUUGAUACAAUUAAUUUUGGCAGUAGGAUUUUUUGUUUGUUUCAUAGUUGACAUGAAGAUAAGUAUGCUCACUUGGUAUUCUGCACUCUGGCUAUCGAAAAAGCGUAGUCUGAGUCUGUUUAGAAUUGCUCCUAACUUUUACCUCAAGUAACAAUAGGAGGGAAAUGAAAGUUUCAGAGAGACCAGUAAUAUAUUUUGAAAAGAUUCCAUCCCUUCUCAUGUUAAAAGCCAUCUGUGAAGGGAACAAUCUGUGUGUUUCUCAGCAAGGCUAUAGUAACUGAAAUAAAAACAAGGUUUAUUUUGUGGCACAGGCAUUUCUCAAUUUCUCUGGGGGACCUUCCCCAACUUUCCGAUUGGGAAUUUCAGGAGUUUUAGUAUCCAGCUGAUCUAGAGAAUAUCAGGUAGAAAAGAAAGCAGAAGUACUGAGGUUAAAAUUUAAAGUUCUAAAUCUGAAAUUGUCAGUUUCAGCUGUGAGAUCUCACCAUGGUGCCAAAGUAUCAUGCGUUCUUGCCUGAGCAAGACAACUGCAACGUCAUGAGAUCUGAUGAUCUCAGAAGCUUCCAGCCAUGGCGGGGAGGGGGGGGACCAAUUAGUUUUGAAAACACUCCUAAUUUAGGCCAGUGCCAUCUACACAUAUUGUGAUUAUCAUAUUACUGGUGGGUACUGAAUUUCCAGUCCUUAUUAACAUUACUUCUGUACAGCCAAGGUAUGAGAAACAGUAGCUCUUGAUUUCUGAGUCAUAGAUGUCCUUGGAAGAGGAAAUGAUGUGUCUUGACAUCAUCAGGCAAAUAUUGUGAUUGGCAUCAAUCAAAGCUGUGACUGACGCAAAUUACAUAACAUUGUAAUUAUAGGAUGAUGAUGCACAUCUCAUAAUUCUGAUGUUAUUGUGGCUUCUAAGAGAUGCCUAUGACUCUCGUAUAAAUACCUGGAACGUUACCUUGGACUAAAAGGGAAAUAACAUUAAAAAUACAAUACUUGCCUUUCCCCUCCAUAGACUUACUUUGCAUCUGGGAAUAAUAAUGCUGAGCCAUUUAGUUGAACCCUGGUCACAAUGUGAACGAUGGACUUAUGCAACUGAACUGAGAGCCCGUAGCACCGAGGGCCACCUUGGGUGUCAAUCAUUCCAGUGCUGCUUCUGUACAUCCUUCUGUUCAUGAAUGACCCUUUGAAAUUGUGAAAUGCUUUGCAGAUAGUUCCCUGGCAUUGUUCUGUUUUUAUCUGCUGUAUAUUUUUAUUCGUUUGUAUUCUAUAUGCACAUGUACUGUAACAUGAUUAUAUAGACUUUAAAAGAUAUGUUUAAAAAUUGUACACACUUAUAUCUGUUGCUGACACUUUGGAACACUACAGUGGUGUAUAUUGAUGUUAAAACCAUUUUGUUCUUCCUAGUUUAUUUUUAGACGAGUUUUUGUUUUGUUCUAAUUGUUUGCUACAACAAAACCACCAGCUCUUCCAUGGGCUAAGAAAGGCAAUGCUUCAAACUUUACCAUGCAGUCAGAAUUAUCACCAUUAUAUAAUGUAAGUACAUGAAGCAAAUAAAUUGUAUUACAGUUUCUUCUUCCAGGUAAAGGGGCAGUUCUUGGCCAUGAUUCAGUUUCUCUCUUUUUUUAAAAAAAAAACUUAAUAGCAACAGCUAGGGAAAAGGAAGCUGAUAAUUACUGAAGGCAGAGAAAGCAAAUAUAUUUGUUUUCCCUUCCAAUGGCCAGGAGGAGCUGUGCCCCCACAAAGUAACUACCAUUUUCAGAAAAAGGAAUUUUCCUCCAGAGCACAAUAGAAAAGAGUUAAAUUCUCUCCCCACUCUUACUCUAAUCUUGCUAAUUAUCCAUACCUCCAACUGACAUUGUUUGCAUAUUUUUUAAAAGCUGCACAGUAAACACAAGGACAUGGAGAUCACAUCUCCUUUGGCCCUCAUAAAUCUAGAAAUAAAGAGAAUCUGAAUCAGAAAAUUCAUAAAACUAAUCUUAAUAUGAUAUAUUGAGAAAUAUAUAUAUUUUAAGGCAUAACAUAUUAAAGGGAGAGAUGUAUAGCUGGUGGUUAUGGUCACUGUACUGUAUAGCUUAAAUCUGAAAUUGGUAAGGGAAAAAACAUUUGUAAAACUUUCAAAGAAAUUAUUUUCGGUUGGGAUUGAAGGCAUCAAGGCACUAAGCCAGUGUUGUCCAAAC